AUGUUGGCAUUCAAAUUCCUGACCGGCGCACUGGCCGUGGGCAGUAGCGUGUCUGCUCUGACGGGAGUUAAUACGACGGGGUACAUCGACCAGAUGUUUUCCACGUCUAUGAGCUUCCUGGAUGAGAUCUAUGACCCAGUUGUCGGCUACCUCUGGUACUUCUACUUCCCACUGGCAGCCGGGAAGCACGAGACGAGGUCAACCGUGUGGUAUGCGGCAGGGCUCUUGCGACGAAACCAGGGCAAUGAUGUAAACGAGGCCGUCAGGAUCAUCGAAAGUGUCAUUGGCGACCAGCAAAAGAACGUCAGUGACCAGUGGUAUGGAGAUUAUACAAAAUACCCUGAGGAGCCCACCGUUGGAACAGCUUGGUAUCCCGAAAGUAUCUACAAUAGCUGGGACCCCAACUGGCGAGGCUUUAUAGGCACUACUCUAGUUGUCAUCUACGAGGAAUACGGCUCUUUGCUCCCGGCAUCCACGCGGUCUCUGAUCCUAGAAUCCAUGCGCAACAACACAAUCGGCGACAGCUAUAGAGUGGGCGGUGUCGAUGGUGACAACCUCUAUCCCGCCUACAGCAAUCCUGCGCUGAUGAGAGCAGCUACCAGCGGCUGGACGGGGCGAAAGUUGAACGACAGCAACCUAACCAGCGCCGGCGAGGCAUACGCGCAAGAGGUUAUUGACCUGUUCGAUCUCAACAACACCCUUAGCGAGUUUAAUUCGGCCACCUACUGCGGAGUGAGCCUGUUUGCGCUCACUCUGUGGGCCAAGUACCUGCCCGAGUCCAGUGUCAUGGGCGCAAACGGCGCCAGGAUGAUCAAGGAUAUCUGGACCACCGUCGGAGAACUGUACAACGCCAAUCUGCGCAACAUCGCUGGACCCUGGGAUCGCACCUACGGCUGGGACCAGAAUCUCUAUGUGGGCAUCAUGAACGCGUACAUUUGGUCUCUCGUCGGCGAGGACAAGGCUCCCGGCAUCAACACCAUCUCCCACGGCGACACGCCCUACUGGGCCAUCACGCAUGCUGACGACUUUGAAAUUGCCCCGCUCCUGAGCGCUAUUCUGCCGUAUCACCACACACUGGUGCCCGACGAGGUGCGGCAGAAGCUGCUCACCUUUCCCGGCGAGCACACCUACAAGACCGCCGCGUAUGCGCCGCCCUAUGACCUGGCCAGGAGGAAUAUCACGACCUGGCUGAGUGAUAAUAUCACUAUCGGCGCCGAGAGUUUUGACCAGACCGUUGUGGGCGGCUUCAGCAUCAACCCGUCACAAUGGGCGCCAUCCGUUGUGCAGUGGCUUCGGGAAGAUGGCAGCGUGGGCUGGUUUAGCCUGUACGGCACUGAAGAGGCACUUGAUGUCGAUGUGCAGCCAGGCAGCUUGGGGUUGACGUAUCCGUACGGAAACAACAGCGCCACCUUCACAUUCCUGGUGGCAUCCAAUCCUUAUGGAGAGAAGCGAGAUAUAUUGGGUUGGGAGGAUGUCAUGGGCUUGUCAGUGAAUGUGAGCGGUACUGUUGAUCUGACACCCGAGAUAUCCUUCUGCGGUUUGCUCGGGGGUACUUGCGAGGUCAUCAACGACUGGGAGUUCUGGAAUUUCACCUAUGUCAUGCCAGAGGGGAGCACAGAGACACCCAGCAUCGUGUUGGAUAUUACUGUGCUGUAA